GUUGGCAGUCAAAGUACCAAAAUAAGAAAAAAUAAACAUUUGCCUCACGUGUUGCAGUUGUUAAAAACAAAACAACAGCGUUUUUAACAAAUUCUGACAAUAGUCUGCUCUAUUACACAAACAUAAUCUAAACAAUAAGUAAAAGAAAUGUCGGAGCUAUUGCCUGAUGCCAAGCCAAACAUAUUAAUAACCGGCACUCCUGGUGCUGGCAAAUCGUAUUUAUGCGAACGUCUAGCCUCCCAACUAAAGUUCGAAUGGUUGGACUGCUCCAAAAUCGCCAAGGAAAACGAUUUUGUGGAGGAGUACGACGCGGAAUACGACUGCCCCAUUUUGGACGAAGAAAAACUGAUGGACCAUUUGGAACCCUUGAUGGCCAAGGGCGGCAACAUCGUAGAAUACCAUGGCUGUGACUUUUUUCCCGAACGCUGGUUCCAAGCCGUCUUUGUGGUCACCUGUCCCAACAAAACGCUCUACGAUCGUCUCAAGGAUCGUAACUACAACGAAAAGAAGCUCACAUCGAAUAUUCAAUGCGAAAUCUUUGGAACCAUUCUGGAAGAGGCCCGAGAUUCCUACAAAACAGAUAUUGUGUUCCAACUUAAGGGUGAAACGAAAGCCGAUGCACAUAUGAGUCUGAAAACUGUAAAAAACUGGUAUCGUAUGUGGAAAAGAAAAUGAAAGUAGGAUAAGUUAAUUUUUUAUAAUCUAAUUUAUAAAAGCUUAAACAUUUGUAUGUAAAUUAACAAUUAUUUACAACAAAUAGCAUGUAUAAAAUCGAAAUCUUAAAUCUA